CUGUAGAAACGAAGCAGGCUGAAACUUUCUCCGAUAUUUUUCCGAGCUUUGAGUAGCCAACGGUCGACCGCAGCAGUUUCGGUCCCACAGAGCUUCGUUGUUCGGAAAUUAGCUAGAACUUUCAUGGCUACUGCUGUCGGAUCUGCCUCUAUCUCCUUAGGCUCUGCCAGGGUUUUGGCCAAAUCCACACUUUUCGGUGGUCCAACUGAUCAAAGGAUUGUGCGGUUCCCGCAAUGGCCUUCCAGUGCCUCGAGAUUGGUGCAGCACCAACCUAUCCUUGCCUUGCAAUGCAGAUCAAAGAGUUCGUCUGCUUCUUCUGGUGUAAGAACUCAAGUUGCAGCUGUUGAACAAGCAGUCGUUGAACAGGUCCAAAAUGUGGAAACUCCUGUUGUUGUUGUCACUGGUGCUUCAAGAGGAAUUGGUAGAGCAAUUGCAUUGGCACUUGGGAAGGCUGGUUGUAAGGUGCUGGUGAAUUUUGCGAGGUCCUCGAAGGAGGCUGAAGAAGUUACCAAAGAGAUUGAGGCAUGUGGUGGUCAAGCUCUUACAUUUGGGGGAGACGUUUCAAAAGAAGCUGAUGUGGAGUUAAUGAUUAAAACUGCAGUCGAUGCGUGGGGAACAGUGGAUGUAUUGAUAAACAAUGCAGGAAUCACUCGGGAUGGUUUGUUGAUGAGAAUGAAGAAACCCCAGUGGCAAGAGGUUAUUGAUUUGAAUCUUACUGGUGUAUUUCUCUGCACACAGGCAGCAGCCAAAAUUAUGAUGAAAAAGAAAAAGGGGAGAAUAAUCAAUAUAGCAUCUGUUGUUGGUCUGAUUGGCAAUGCUGGACAAGCCAAUUACAGUGCUGCUAAAGCAGGGGUCAUUGGCUUUACCAAGAGUGUCGCAAAGGAAUAUGCAAGCAGAAAUGUAAACGUCAAUGCUGUCGCCCCAGGUUUCAUUGCAUCUGACAUGACUGCCAAGCUUGGAGAAGACAUUGAGAAGAAGAUCUUGGAAACUAUCCCCUUGGGGAGAUACGGCCAACCUGAAGAAGUUGCUGGACUGGUUGAGUUUUUAGCCCUUAACCCGGCAGCCAGUUACAUUACUGGACAGGUUUUCACCAUUGAUGGAGGAAUGGUGAUGUAGGGGGGCUUAGAGAAUCUUUCACCCUGGAAAAUGUCCACCAAAGUCCUCCAGCUCUCCAAGAUUGCGUCACCUAGUCCGCUGCCGGCAAACACAAGCAAGAGUAGUGCUGACCAUUAGCUGCUAAGAUAGUCAAAAUAUUCAGGUAGUCUCAAAAAGAUUAUCCAGUGGGGAUGAAAAUGGAUAUUGGAGUCGGCCAUCUUUUAACUUUCC